CACUGCCACACAAAUUAAAACAGAGAAAAAAAUGAAUACAUCGAUACGUGACUCAACCUGGACUCAACGCAGCCAGCGAAAUAUUUAAGCUGCUUGUUGUAACCUGUCUCACCGACGGCUCUAAACUCUUUUUAGUUUGCUUUCACCGGGUUAGCCCAAUAUGAGCAGCCUGUGUGUGUUUGCAUUCAAUGGAGUGAGCUCGGAAAGUGCGCAGAGGGUCUUAUCUCGGUAGCUAACGUUAGCCUUGCAAAAACGACCAUCUGUGGGUCGCUGCGGCUCUAUCGUUCACGGGACAGGUACUUCUGAAAGAGCUAAGCACCAUGAACCUGAUACGUCUACUGUGCCGCCACAAGACAGCCUUGGUCAUCGGCACUGUGUGCAGCUUUGCAGUAGUGCUGGUCUUCUUGGCCAAAUGUACCUCAGAAACCCUCACACAGGGACACCAGGAUCCUCCAGGCCUGGCCCCUCGUGCCAAUUCUUUACAAUCCCGUCCAGAGCAUUAUGACCCCACUUCCACAUCCAAACACUUGUCAGCGUUCCUCGUGGUCCUCAUCACGACCGGACCUAAGUACACAGAGCGGAGGAGCAUCAUCCGCAGCACCUGGCUGGCCAAGCGGGACUCUGACGUUCUGGCCAGGUUUGUGGUGGGAACUCAGGGUCUUCCCAGCGAGGACCUUCAGAACCUUAACACAGAGCAAGGGCGGCACAAAGACUUGCUCCUGCUGCCUGAAUUGCGAGAUUCUUAUGAGAACUUAACACUCAAGCUGCUGCACAUGUACUCGUGGCUGGACCAGAAUGUGGAGUUCAAGUUUGUUCUCAAAGCAGAUGAUGACACAUUUGCUCGCUUGGACAUCCUUAAGGAGGAGCUGAAGGGGAAGGAGCCCAACAGGUUAUAUUGGGGCUUCUUCUCGGGGAGAGGGCGAGUGAAAACUGCUGGAAAGUGGCGGGAAAGCUUUUGGGAGCUGUGUGACUACUACCUGCCCUACGCACUGGGUGGGGGCUACAUCCUGUCGGCGGACCUGGUACGUUUUGUGCACCUUAACGGGGGCUACUUUAAGACGUGGCAGAGUGAGGAUGUGUCCCUCGGCGCCUGGCUGGCACCAGUGGAUGUUCGGCGGACGCAUGACCCACGCUUUGACACAGAGUAUAAAUCGCGUGGUUGCAACAACAAAUACUUGGUGACACAUAAGCAGAGCUUGGAGGACAUGUUGGAAAAACACCAGACUCUGCAGCGUGACGGCAAGCUCUGCAAGGAGGAAGUCAAACUCCGACUGUCCUAUGUGUAUGACUGGAGUGUGCCACCCUCACAGUGCUGCCAGAGGAAGGAUGGCAUUCCUUAAUUUUUGUGCUUUUUUUCAAGGUCCUGAAGUUGGCUUCUCAUUUGAAUAUUCAAAAAAGAAAAUGAAUCAUAUUUUUCAACCAAUUCUCUGUUUAAAGUUAUGUAACGGGUUCCAAAAAACAUAGUGAAUGUCUUAUUGUGGAUAGAACACACAUAGAUUUUGAGUACCAUUAUACCAAUUGCAAGAAAUGUAAAAGGCAAUUUCAUUGCUGAUUUAUAGUGGUAAAAUCAAUUUGGGUAAUGUUUUAAACAGUUUUGAGAGAUUUCAUGUUCAUUAAGAACAGGUUUGACACAUUUAAGAGUGUUUUCGAAACUAUUCUUUGUAGCAAAAGCAAUGACAUUUCCAAGUCUCCAUGUUGAUCUAGAUUCUAGUCCAUGUUUGAUGAAAAAAAGGUUGUACUCAUUUGAAAAGUGGCUUGAAACAGUCUCUAUUAAUCAAGUCUAGAAUUUAUUUUUGUAUCUCCUUCUGAUUUAAAAUAUAAUACAGAUGGAGAGCAGCUAAUACAAUCCCACUUUUUGCUGUUUUGUACUGUCUUCGCCAAUAGAACAUGGUUUAUAAUAACCGUUAAAGCUUUUAGCAUGACGUAUACCCCAAGUUUCACAACUUUCAGUAAUGUCACAAUGGGGAAUUGGCUGAAAAAUGUAACCCCAUAACUCUCAAACAGGAAGCCAACUUCAGCCUUUUGUCCUUUUCUACAAGAUUGCUCCUUUUUUUUGGCCUUGUUUUUUGGACCCAUGCUUAUGUCAGAGCUUUCCUUACCGCCUGUUUUCCACGUUGGUUGCCUAUUUCUCUCCUCUGUCUUUGCUUCUCCUGCUGUACUUGUUGUUCAAACUUUUCCAACACUAUGAGAUAUGUUUUAAAGUAAUUCCAGUGUAGUAGAUAGUACAGGGAAACGCAGACGAGAGAAUCUUACCCUGCCAUGAUGUCUACAUGUUCUUGUGUGUUUUAUUUAUUGUUAAUUUAUUCUGCAGCCAACACUGGUGCUGACUUCAAAAGCACAGUUGUAGUGGGGGUUGCUGCUUUUGAGCGGAAUUCGUAUUUAUAAAAUGUUAGGGGGGGGGGGGGGAUCAUGUAUUCACAGAAUUAUUUGACAAGAAAUGUUCACUUUUUAAAUGGAAACUAUUGAUUACGAUCAACGGUAUGAGGAGGAGGUUGAGGUGCAAAUAAUGUGUUUUAUUCAGCAGGCAUUCAUAUUCCCUACACUGGAGCCUAUGUGAUGAUCUUUACUUCUACAAGGCAACAGUCACACUUUAAAAAGUUACGAUCAGUACAUUUACUGUGCAGAGAAAUCAAGUUAAUGUGAAUGUUUGUUAGCAGCGCACCACAGAUUCAGAUCAUAAACAUCAUGCUUAAGUCCAUAAAUCAUUACUCAAUGAUAACUUGUUCUUCUUGUCUGAUGUUAAGCUCUCUAACCUGAGCCUACCCUGCGAUGCCAGUAGCAAUGUAUUACAUGUAUACAGCGAUUGAAUAAAGGGUAUGAUAUAUUGGAGUCCCUACAGUUGAGGUAUACUGCAAAAAGAGAUAUGUCCACGCUCUUUUUUUCAUGUCGGCUUGUUUGUCUUUGUGAACAAUUCAUCAUUUCUCACAGUUGUCACAAGCAGAUUCAGAUUCAAUACAAUCUAAGUUUAAGUGUUUGUUUUUACGUACAUGGCCGGCCUCCCUGGAUGUUUAAUUAAACAUUUUAAACUGUC